AUGUGGAAAUGGUUUGUAGCUGUACUCUUGCUGCCAUACGCUAAAGAAACAUACGUAACGAAUAUCAGGAAAAGAGUAGAAAUGAAAAGAGUGAGGUAUCAGCGUGGCUUUAAAUUCGAAGACUUUUGCAAGGUUGGAAUUGCAAUGUACACCACAUCUCGAGGAUAUUGGAAAUGUAAAAACCAGAGCGAAUGUCCUAGUGGAUAUUCAUGCACAAACAGCGGUAGCUUCAGUGUCUGCUGUCCUACGGAAGAUCUAUGUCCAACAGGAUGUCCGGUCAGCAACGAAACUGGGAUACGAUUGUGUCAAGAAAGUUAUGAUUGCAGUCAAGAGACCGUGUGCACCAGUCACGACCAUUCCAUCGGAGUUUGUUGUAUGUCAGAGAUUAUGUGUGCAUUUGGGUUGCCUCAAAUAGAGAGUUUUAAUCCAUACCCAGUCAUUCAAAAUUGUGUGCUGUCUCAAGACUGUAACAUUGGUUAUGUAUGUGUUGCACGUUAUGAAGACAAAGAAGGCUACUGCUGUCCAGAACGCGAACAAAACUACAUGACAUCUAAACAAAUGGAACAUUUCAAAGAGCUAUAUCAGAAAAACGAGGAGAAGAUUGCACGACGCAAGAGCUUAAAGCGAGAUAUCACCUAUAUGAUUCCAGUAGUCGGCACACCACUUCUCGGUAUCAUUAUCUUAUGUUGUUUCCACAUGAGGAAUGAAUUACAACGUAGUGAAGAACAACGACGUAUCAACGCAUUUAUAGCAAGGAAAAAGAAAAGAGUGCAAAAAAUGCCGUCUGCGGAAAUCAAAAAGGGCGAGUUCAAGUAUCAAGGAGUGCUGAAAAUGAGUGCAAAAAUUGGAGAAAUUAAACACGCUCUGGAUGACGAAUCUUCAAGGAGUCUUAGCGAGAUUGGGUUUGACAUCAAAUACAAUGAAGUUGUUGUCAUUGGUUCUGAAGUUGAGAGUAUUGAGGAAGUUCAUGAAUCAGUAAACGAUGAGUUGUCGAUGUCAAAAAGAUCGACAGUUGGAGCGGGAAUCAAGGAGCGGAAAAGGAGAUCAAAAUCACAUGAAAAUCAGGGAAUAAAUAAGCCGCAAACUACCUUGAUUCGUGUAAGAAACUCAUUGACACGGAAGAAACGUUCCUCCGGAUCAAAAAAGAUUUCACCUACACGAUCUCGAUUGAAGUCAUUAAGGACUAAAGAAAAAAACACUAAUUCAUCAACGAACGGAUCAACAACGAAUGAAUCGACGAAAUCGAUAACUGGCGUGAAACCGGAGGAGAUGAGCGGCUCGUUGAACAACGAAGACACCUCGAAGACAACCAAAACGAGUAAUUCCCAAUCAGAAAGUCGAAGAAUUCAUCAAGCGGAUUGUAAUAAAUCGGCGCAACCAUCAUCUUUAACUCCGCGCGGAAUCUCUUCCACUUCACCAUCAAGAAGUACCACUCUACACCCAACUAUCGCAUCGGAACAUAAUUUUCGUAGAAAAGCUAAACAAUAUGUUGGUAAAAUGGUGAAUCCUGGUGUUUUAAAUACGGAUUUAUUUGGCGAUGGUGGAAUGACGGAGUCACUCCCUGGUGAUAGUGAUAUGGGACGCUCACAAAGAUCAUCGCGUUUAUCCAGGAAUAAGCCCACUUCAGAAACAGAUAGAUUGUCUUCUAUGGUAAGGCGACGAUAUUCGAAUGUGUGA